AUGUUAAGGAAAGGAGAAGAGCUUCAAGGUAGAACCUAUGAACUAGGCUACCGUCCUCGGAACCAAUGCCUAAGAUUUGCCCUUGCGGACGUUAGAAAAAGAAUCCGAAUUAGGCUUGCAGACCUACUAUUAGGCUUUCAGUGUAGUAACCUAGAUGCUGAAUAUAGACUCCCAUCUAUAGUAAAAGAGAAGAAAGUCAGGCGGACACUGGCAGCUGCAAGUCAGUCGUUCAGUAUCAGAGGCGCUGCGCUGCCCUUGGCUAAGAAGGUUUACUUCUCUGUCACUUCCAAGCCAUUACUGACUGAAUCUGGGAGGGCAAAAGGCUUAGUAAUAGUAAGCUUCUCAACCCUGGUAAGGGUUUACUUCGUCCCAGGCCAGGUCGUUGCUCGUUGCACGGUAGGCGGCUUUGAGGAAAGGUAUGAAGUCACUCGCCCUUUAGCUUUAGAAAGCAGGAGAGGUGCUUUAGCAACUCGACUGAAAGGAGAGGUUAUGAACACAAACUCGACUGAAAGGAGAGGUUGUGAACACAAACUCGACUGA